AUGGGUUGGUUCAGCGACGACUCCGAGCAGGCUGCUGCCUACGACCAGGUUCAGAACAACCCCCAUGAGGCUAAGUGGUCCCACGAGCUUCUCGGCGGUGCUGCUGCCUUCGAGGCCAUGAAGGCCUAUGAAGACCACGAGGCUCGCGAGGGCAAGAUCGACAACCACGCUCGUGCCAAGGAGGUCGUUGCCGGCCUCGUCGGUGCCAUCGUUGACCGUGAGGUCGAGACCAAGGGUCUGGACUUCAUUGACCGCGAGAAGGCCAAGCACCACGCCAAGCAGCAGGCUGAGGAGCAGCUUGCCGCCAGCGGCCGCUGGUAA